UCUGUGGUAUUUUACAGCGUUCAACAGUGACUAUGGGAAAGAAACUACGUAUCCCAGAGAGCCUUGCAGAAAAUAUGUCAUUAACCUGCAACAGUUGUAGGGUCACAGCAAUCAUGCGCAAUCAUUCAUUCCGAUUGUUUUUGCACUAAAUUAAGUCUUGGUAGUGCGGUUUGUGUUAAGAUUUAGUUGUCAUAGCUAACUUUCAUUCACGAAACAAGUAAUGUAUUAACGGUAAUGUGAAGGUAAAAAUUAGCAGGUUCAGGACCGUACUUGUACAGAGAUAAGCACUGGAUUCAAAUUCUGUUUCAUACGUUAGCUCGAUAAAUUAUAAUUAUACAUCAGCCAGCCAAGCAAACCAACGUCUCGGCUAACAAUAACUAACUAAAGUUGAGAGAUAACCAAAUUGUGCUGUAUUGUAUUUUAGAUCAGGCGGUCUAACCUUUCUGCAGUCGCAUGCUUUGAAGCUGUAUCGAGUAACGUAAGAGAGUACUGUUAGUUUACCCUAGCCAUGUGGAAAAAGCUUCCGAAAUGAGAAACUUUGUACGACAGUUCAGCCUUCGUUUUUACAAACAUUGCUUUUCUCUGGCUGUGCCGCCUGCAGCUCGCAGUUUAAGGCAGCUCGCCUGUAACCAACACCCCUCGGUGAGAGCGGGCCCGCUCCGUAUUGAGAGGUUGCAACAUGCUUUAAGGAAAAAUCUGCGAAGACACUGCUGUAGCGGUACCAGGGAUUUAUUACAAGAAGAACCCGUAAAGAAACACUUGGAGGGUCUGUUUCGGGAAUACGAGCAGGUUACCCACAGGUUACAAAACCCGGCGCUCAGUGACAGUGAAAGAAGAGCGCUGAGCAGAAGACAGGUGGAGCUCUUGCCGAUGGCGAGUGUCCUUGAAGAGACGGAAAGAGCUUGGAAAGACCUGAAGGAUGUAGAAGCUAUUCUUCAGAGUGCAGAGGGAAAAGAUGACCAGAUGGUGAUGUUAGUUGAGGAGGAACAGAAUAUCAUUGCAAAACGCAUUGAAGCACUGCAACGACAACUGCUGGAGAACCUAGUGCCCAGUGACAGACACGAUGGCAGUGAUGUUAUUUUGGAGGUGGCAGCAGGAAGAACUACAGGAGGUGACAUAUGCCAACAGUUCACCAGAGAAAUCUUUGAAAUGUACCUUGCGUUUGCAAGCUACAAAAACUGGGCUUUUGAAGUUCUCAAUUACACUCCUGCCGAGUAUGGUGGGUUGCAUCAUGCAGCAGCCAGGGUUUCAGGGGAGAAUGUUUACAAGUAUUUAAAAUAUGAAGGUGGGACCCACAGAGUGCAGAGGAUCCCCGAGGUUGGCCUCUCAUCCAGAAUGCAGCGUAUCCACACAGGAACAAUGACCAUUAUUGUAUUGCCCCAGCCCAGUGAGAUAGAUAUCCACCUAGACCCAAAGGAUUUACGAAUCGAUACAUUUAAAUCCAAAGGAGCUGGUGGUCAGAGUGUUAACACAACUGAUAGUGCUGUGCGAAUAGUUCAUAUUCCAACAGGAACAACAGUCGAGUGCCAACAAGAGCGUUCACAGUUGCACAACAGGGACACAGCGAUGAAGAUGCUAAGAGCUAAAAUGUACCAGCAGAUAACAGAGAAAGAAACUGAGAAAAGGCACAGCUUCCGUAAGCUUCAGGUGGGGACAAGGUCCCAGUCGGAGCGAGUUCGAACAUAUAACUUCACUCAGGACAGAGUUACAGACCACAGGAUUGGUUGUGUUGCCCGAGAUAUCAAGGAGUUCCUGAGAGGGGGAGAGCCCCUGGAUGAGUUCAUCAGACAGCUGCUGAAGUACGCAGAGAAGGAAGCACUCCUUGAAAUGCUGGAAAACAGCAGCCCAAGCAAAGCUGGUGAAUGAGACGACUGAAUACCUUGUUUCUGGAUUUUUUAAUAACCAUUUCCAAAUAAGUGCAAGUCGCUCACCAGCCAGACUUUGAAAUCUAUUGUAAUAUUUAGUUCUUCUUUAUCAAUUGUACCAUUAAAAAUAAAAAUGUGGCCAAAAA